GGGAGUAUCACGAGACUUGACGGCCCGUCAGGUGACUGCAUCCCCGCGCUGAGCCCGCCGGGGCAUGUGACGUGACGUCACUUCCUGCGCUGAGACUGACCGGGUAACGCGUCCUAGUGAGAGGGAAAGUCCAUACAGUUACAAGGACCACGAGCUCCACGGAGCUCCUCUCUUCUCCCUCCCGCACUGCUCUUGUACCCCAUAAUGGAAUAAAGUCUUCCUGAAACUUCUAAUACGGGAGCCUCAGCAACAGCAGGGGAGACGAGGCAGCCGGCUGCUGUGACAGCCAAGUGGGCGGUAUGAAGCAUUGGGCACAGGAGGAGUGCUGCUGUAACUACAGUGCGGAUUUACCCUUCAGGUAUGGAUUAAUGACAACCACAGUGGAAGCUUGUUUAAAGGGUCUUGUAUGUUGAUGUCAACCUUUCAUCUCUUGACUACGAAUAUUAAUAUCACUGAGAAAAUGUGGGACAGCAAUAGUUAUAAAGCCCUCCCUUUAUUGAUGCACAAGGGGCUGUAGUAUUCAGCUAAACACUGAAACUAAUCCAUCAGCGAAGCACAAGUGUUGAUUCAUGUGGAAGCUUUCCAGCAUCUCUGGCAAAUAGGUGCAAAGUACAAGCUCCAUCUUUGUCAGAUAUUUAAGCUAAGCUCCAAAAGGACCGAAUACUACCUGAUGUUAUGUUCUUCUACACUUGGGAGCACUGCACUAUUCCACCCAGCCCACAAUUCUGAUUGUUUCUACUUCUAGUGUUCGUGCAAAGGGCUCUGAUCAGUCUCAUAGAUGCAAUGGAUUUCAUGUCUUCAACAGAAAAGUCUAAUUUGGAAAUUGACUUAAAAAUCUUAAAUAUCAGUUGCCAGCCUAGAGAUGUUCUGAUAACAUUUCAAGCAAAGUAUAUAUCAGAGUCUAAAUUUGACUAUCAUAUACUAGAGAGAGAAAUACAACUUGUGAAAAAAAACUAUGAAGACAUUGAUAUUGGGCAGUUCUGUCUGGUGCAAGAUAAACCUCAUGGAACAUGGUACAGAGGAAAAAUUUUAGAUAAAGUCAAUGAGAAAUUGGAAGUUGUGCUAAUAGAUCAAGGCAAUGUUAUCAGUGUCCCCUUUCCACAAAUUGCUUCUGCUACGGGUGAAUUGUUCAUUCUCCCUCCAAAAGUGGUCAAUGGAAUUAUUUCUAAUUUACUUCCACUAGAAGAGAAGUGGACCUCAAGAGACGUAAAAUAUUUUUCUUCUUUGGUUGGUCAACAGCUUCAUGGAAAUGUGAAAACUUUCUUACCCCAUCAAGUUAUACUUCUAGAAAUACCAAAAGUCAUAACCUAUGCAACUGAGCUGUGUGUGGCUAAGUAUGUUGAUUCAGAGACUUUUUGCCUGCUCGUAGAGAUCCUUCACAAGUUCCCAGCAAACUCUCAUGGCAAACAAAUGCCAGACUUGCUUCAACAAAAGGAAAUAUGUUCUGAUGUCAUGCUUGCUAUCCCUGAUAAUCUUCCCCGUUUCCAAAAGAUACUAGGUCAUUUAAGACCUGAGAUUUGUGUCAACACCAUGGAAAAAAUUAAAAUUUCUGCUGCAAUAAGCCCAGAUCGCUUUUUUUGUCAUAUUGUGUCAUGGGCGAUAGAGUUAAGUAAACUGACAGCUUCUAUGUGCUCCCAUUAUGAAACUACUUUAACAGGAGAAAGUUCCACGCUAGGAAGUUAUGGAGUACUCUGUGCUGCCAAACGGAAAGAUGGCUCAUGGUAUAGAGGAGUUAUCCAGAAACUAAUCUCUUGUAAUGAUGUAAAGAUCUGGUUUAUGGACAUCGGCAGUAGCGAAACAAUACAAUCCUCCAGUGUUCAAAGGCUGCAACCAGAAUUCUUGUCUUUACCUAUGAUGGCUAUCCCAUGUGCAUUAACUCGAGACAAGCACCAUAUAGAAAGUGUUAGAAGUGUCCAGCAAGCUCUGUUUACAGAGGCCCUGAUGGGACAUGUUGUCAUUGCUCAUAUUGAAGACUUUAACAGUGAAGAGCACCUAUAUUACUUAUCAUUGUAUGAUAAGGAGUUUGAAUUCAGCAUAGAUUGUCAUUUAUCGAAUGAGCAAAUUCCCCACUUUUCCCCACAUUCUUAUAUAGAUAUUGCAGAGCCAGUCAUUGAUGAGAAAAGUCAAAAUCUCACGUUGCCUGAGACAUCCACAUCCUUGGAGAUGGAAUAUAGUGAUACGGUUUCAUAUACAUCAAUGAAAAUGGAUUUGGAGUCUAUCUAUGUCGCUUAUGUUGAAUAUGUGAUAAAUCCCUCAAAUUUUUGGAUAAGAAUUGAUGAUAGCCAAAAGGACUUUACAAAGAUGAUGGCAGAGAUUGCAGAAAAAUACAGUAAAUGUGAGAUUAUGGAUAUGGUCUUGCAAAAUCCUAAACCUGGUCAACUUUGUUGUGCAGUUUAUGCAUUAGAUGGACAUUAUUAUAGGGCUGUUAUCACCAAAGUGCUUAGUCCACAAAUUUCUGUUUAUUACAUCGAUUUUGGGAAUACAGAGACUGUUCCUUUCUAUGAUGUAAAGGUGCUGUUGCCACAAUUCAGCGUCUUGCCUGCCUUUGCAAUUUGUUGCUCUUUAGCAUAUGCCUGUCCUGUUGAAGAUGUAUGGGUUAAGAGUGCAAAUGACUUUUUUAAAGAAACUGUGAGUGGAAAAGCUCUUCUUUGCCAUGUUCUUGCCAAGCAAAAGUGCAAGUACGUGGUGGAAAUGCGGCUGGCUGAGAACUCCAAAUCUUCAGAUAUUGUGACGCUUUUGGUGCAAGCUGGAUUUGCAGAAUUCUGGAAAGUGGAUUUAAAUUCAAACUCUAAUCUGGAUUGUCAAUCCUUAGAUUGCAACACAAAAUGUAAUAACAUAGGAAAACAUAAAAGAAACACACUUAUUAGAACUGGCAUAUCCCAAGAUGCACACGUAUCAUUGGGUGCUUUGUCUUUGAAACUCAACCCAACUGAGCCAAAGUAUUCAUUUUGCAUGCCAGCCAGCAGUUUUACAGUUUGUUAUAAACAGCACGUAUUUAAACCUGGAGCUGUUAUGGAUGUGAAAUGUUCUCAUGUGGACUCACCAGCCAGUUUUUGGUGUCAAUUGUCAAGUAGUAACUCAGCUUUAUGCACCUUAAUGGAUGAAAUGCAGAAUGUUUAUAGCUGUUGUAACAGCUUAUACCAACAUGGACAAGUUGCUUGUGCUGCAAAGUCUCCCAGCACUGGCAAAUAUUAUCGAGCAGCUGUUAUAAAAUAUGUUUCGGCUCAUGAAGUUCAGGUUAUUUUCAUUGACUAUGGCAAUACUGAGAAGGUGUUGCUUUCAGAACUUCGUGAAAUUAAACCACAGUUUCUUGAAUUGGAAGGCCAAGCUUUCCGAUGCUGUUUGAGUCAAGUGUUUUCUCCUCCACUUGUUCACUAUGAGUGGUCUGCUAAUGCAUGUGAAGAUUUUAAAAGGUUUGUUCAGUCUACUCCUGAUGUGAUGAAAUGCACUAUAGUUGCAUUGUUCAGUAGUAACUCAAUGGAGCUAUGUAAUGCAGUUAACUUGGAAGCCCAUGGUAAUGUAAACAAAAAAUUCAUGGACAACAGUAAUCUAGUAUUAAGAAAUAAUGUUCCAACUUUUCAAUUGCAUACAUUUUGCUACUCCAAUUUUGACCUUGAUGUAGGAAGUAAGGAAGAUGUAUGCGUGACAUUUAUAUAUAGUACUGGAAGAUUUUAUUGCCAUCUUGCAAAAAACGAAAAGAAGUUCAGCAUGUUGAUGAAGAAAGUUGCUAAGAUAGGCGAAAUGUCAAAGCCAGUAAUGAACCGAACUGAAGUCUGCUUUGUUAAAUACAUUGAAGAUGGAAAGUUGUACAGGGCAUUUGCAUGUCCCGUGGAAUCCUCAUUGUUGUUCUUGGCAUUUUUUGUAGAUUUUGGAGAUAGCCAGGUUGUGAAAAGAAAUGAAUUACUAAAUAUUCCAGAGGGUGCUUAUGAUAUUUUAUUUGAACCAAUGCAAGCUAUUCCAUGCUUUCUAGCUGGUAUGAAAGAAUCCCUUCUUACAGUGGAGGCCAAAGCCUGGUUUACAGAAGAAUGUGUUGGUAAAUUGUUAAGUGCUGUUGUAGUGGCUAUAGACCAUGAAGGGCAACUGGAGGUGGAAUUGUACGAUGGGAAUGUCUCCAUAAACCAAAAAAUUCAGCAAUUGAUGGGGAUUAAACCUUUUCAAGAUAACCUGAUUUUUUGUGAAAACACCAGCACUGCCAAAAAUCAGCAUGGUUCAGACAGUAUUGAUUCUUUACCUAUAAACACAGUGCAAAAAAAGGCUCCUUCAACACAUGUUGCAAAAUCUUUAGAAAUUAAUGACAAGUCCCUUUCCUGCAGGCAAACAUUUAUAAAGGCUGUUGACCUUCCUCAAAUAUUUCUAGAAGCUGGUACCACCUGCCUUGCUUAUGUUUCCCAUAUAGACAGUCCUUCAAGUUUUUUUGUGCAACUUGACAAACAAGAAGAGGAGAUCAUUCAGCUGGAUGAAGAGCUCAAUAAAAUGGCAUUACAAGUGAUUGAUAAACAAGAUAUUAAGAGAGGUCUUAUAGUUGUUGCCCAGUAUCCAGAAGAUAAAGCAUACUAUCGAGCAGAAAUUAAAGACCAUUUGCAAGACAGUGUGGGUGUUGAAUUUAUCGAUUAUGGUAAUGUUGCAAAUGUGGAUUCUUCAUGUAUUUUCAAUCUUCCAGAACAGUUUUCAACUAGCCCCAGGUUAAGUAUCCCUGUUUUUCUCACUGGGGUUCUAAAACUUCAAAACCAUACUGAAUGGAGUAAAAAUAUUACAAAAAUGUUUACUGAUAAAAUUAAGAGUGAACAAUUCGAUUGCAAGUUUAUGCACAAGCAUGGCCUCCAGUGGGAGGUCAGUAUAACCUUAAAAGGGAAGUCCCUUUCAGAAGAACUCCUUCAAAGCUUUGAGUGUUUUUCUAAAGUACCCACUGCAGUUACCAAGGAGAAUACUCCAAAAUCAGACCUUAGCUACUGUAAUAUCUCUAGUAAAAGCACCAGCGAGAAAGAUACUGCUGAUAAAAACAUUGACAGAAUUUGUACAAAGUCAUUAAAGCCUGGUCUAAUAGAAAAAGUGAAAAAUAUUUUUCUUUCAGAUUUUGGAACACUUUUUGUUACCCUAGCAAAUUUUUCUGAGGAGUCCAAAAUAAAUUUACUCAUUGGCGCCACUGUAAGGCAGAGUGGUAAUGAACUUUCAGUUAAGGAUAUAUCCGAGGGAAUGGUUUGUUUGGCAAAGUCCGAAAGGAUGCAAGUAUGGCUACGUGCUUCUGUUGAAAAACGUAUUCCAAGUACAGUGAAGAUGGCAGUAUUCUUUGUUGACCAUGGUGCACGUGAAGUAAUAAGCAUGAACAAUGCCAAAAUGCUCUCUAUAGAAGCACUUUCAAUUCCUAAGCAAGCAAUUGUUUGCAAAUGGCCCGGGACUGAACAAAUUGACGAAAAUGUGUUUAAAGCACAGCUAAAAUUGAUUUUGCAGCAAGAAAUUAAAAUAAUAUUUCUAGAAUUUAUGGAAUCCAUAAGUGCAUGGAAAGUGGAGAUAUUAGUUAAUGGUUUAUUGCUAUCGCAUUACCUUCAUAGUCUACAAAGCUCAGCUGAUAUAAAGCUUGAUAGAAUAAAGUUUCAGUCACAGGCUUUAUCACCCCAAAUUCCAAGGAAGAAUCUUAAACCUUUAGAGGUUUGUCCUGGGUUUGUUACUUCAUUCCAUGACCCCUCCAGUUUUUUUGUUCAAUUGGCAGACUCUCUAGAUAUUAUGGCUGCUUUAUCCCAGUUGAUGCAAAUGCCAGAUGACCUUACGCCUAUAGCCAGUGAUUCAUUAAAACAAGGUUCUUCAUGUCUUGUACAGUCAUUUGACAAGCAAGAGUGGUCCAGAGCAGAAAUAAUGAGCAUCAACAAGGACUUUAUUUUAUUGUACCUGCCUGACCACGGAGUUGACAAAAUCAUUCCUUACUCAGAUUAUGGACAGCUGCGAAUGAUUCCAGCAGAACUUUCUUGCCUCCCUGCACUAAUAUACCAUUGCACACUGUAUGGUGUUAUGCCAGUUGAAGGAAACUGGUCCAAAGAUGCCAUUAAAUAUUGUAUCAGUUUUGUCCAAAACCAUGAUUUAAUGAUUUUGCCUGUUAAACAUCUUGGCAGGAAUGUGUUGGAAGUAUCUCUUUACGGUCAAGGAAAUCUGGCCCAUAAUUUAGUUAAAAAAGGUCUUGCUAAGGAGCAGAUUGUUGAUGAUACUUUCUAACUAAAUUUUGGAAUUAUUGUUGGAAUUAUUUUUGACAACCAAUAUGCCACUAGUUUGAAAUGUUUUUUAGAUUUUGGUUGAGUAGCAUUUAAAAACGUAACAUAUUGGGUUUAUUUAUAAAUUUAUAAUUUUUUUUUCUUUGCAAUGUAACCAUAAUAAUCUGAAGUUUUUACUAAUGACAGUUGCCAGAUCGAGUAAUGCAAUUAUAAUGAACUUUUUGUGAUUUAACUUUUAAUACCUACUAAAUACAUAAAUUAGAAUGUAUUUGGAAAGGGGAACACAUGGAUGACUAGCUAUUCGGCGCUGGAGGCCUGUGACGUAGUUUGACGUCACAUGCCUCCGGCGCCGCAGCUAAUGUUAAGAAGCUGCUCUACACUCAGAUAUGAAUGAACUUUCAUUUUCACAUAUCCCCUCACAAGUUUUGGAAGUGGGAAUAUGCAACUUGCACUUAUUGUGGCAUCUUGUGGGCAGUUUGUGGGUAGCUCUGUUUUACUCACUAUCCUACAACUAAAGGAUACCUUUAAUAUUAAUAAAUCUAACCAGUGUUACAUUGCAAAAUUUUCAUUGCAUGUAGGCCAUCACAUCUCUUUAAAUUACUAAAUAUAUUCACACAAAAUUAGAUAUCUUUUGAGAACUUACCUUAUCCUGAUAUAUUCUGCUUCCACUUUUUUUAGUAGAAAAUUGACUAAUUUAGACCUUUGUUUUCUUUUGUGUUAUUACGUUCAAGUCUAGUAAAUUUCAAUUUAGAUCUGGUUUCUUAGUUACUUGUAUGUAGGUCAAUACAAAGAUUCUUUAUUGUGUAAAUACUGCUUAUGCACAUAAAUUCAACUAAAUAUAUCCUAAAAAAUUGUGUUUAAAGAAGAGAGCAAGAUGUUUGAUAUUUUUGUGGAAUCUUUUAAAUGUGUUUAUAACAGUGUGUCUCUCAUGAGAAUGAUAGCUACAUUUUUUUUCAUUGAUUAGAGACAGAUAUUGAAACUUUUUUGUCUUUUUUUUUUUUCAAUUUUUUUCUGUACAUCUUAAUGUUUUACAGCACCCACAUGGACUAUAGAAAAGUCUCAAACUAUGGGAGAGUUUUUUGGGCAUGCUCUGAUUUUUCCAAGUAGAAUGGAGAAUCCUGUGUUUGUAUCUAUAUGUAGGUGUGACAUCAUUGUAAAUGUGCAUUAAAAGAAUGAAG